AUGCACAAAGGCUCCAAGAAGUACUUCGGGCAGAAGUCCUUCAGCGAGGUGGCCAUGGACGAGUACCUGGGCAGCCUGGGGCUGUACCGCAAGAUGACGGCCAAGGACGCCUCCUGCCUCUUCCGAGCCGUCUCUGAGCAGCUGUUUUCAUCUCAAAUUCAUCACGCAGAAGUUAGGAAAGCUUGCGUCUCCUUUAUGAGGCGGCAGCAGUCGAGGUUUGAAUCCUAUGUGGAAGGCUCAUUUGAGAAAUACCUAGAACGACUAGGAGAUCCAAAGGAAAGUGCUGGCCAGCUGGAAUUGAGUGCUUUAUCGAUGAUGUACAAGCGAGACUUCAUUGUGUACCGGUACCCCGGGAAGGCACCCACACGUGCUACAGACAAUGGCUUUGAAGACAAGAUUUUACUGUGUUGUUCCGGUAACGGCCAUUAUGACUCUGUGUAUACAAAACAAUUUCAGGAAAAUGCUGCCAUUUGCCAGGCUGUAUUAUAUGAGAUCCUCUACAAAGAUGUGUUUGGCAUGGAUGAGGAAGAAUUAAGGUCUGCAGUUGAGGUGUUUCGAAGUGGAUCCAAGAAGAACAGAAACAGUGCUCCUGUAGGAAGUGAGGAUGCAAACUUUGGUUGUCUCCAUGAAAAAGUGCCCCGAAAUCCAUCAGAAAAGAGACUGGAUGACUGGGAAGGCAAUGAUGCUGACAAUCCACAGGAAAGCAAGUUCAAACAAAGCAUUGAAGAACAAAAGCCUCCAGAAAAUCCUCCAAAGAUGCCUGUUCCUUAUAAAGUGCUAAAGGCACUGGACUCUACCAUCUAUCGAAAUGUGGAGUUUGAUGUUUGGCUGGACAGUAGAAAAGAGCUUCAAAAAACUGACUACAUGGUGUUUGCUGGGAGACAGUACUACUUAGGAGAUAAGUGUCAGGUGCGUCUGGAACCGGGGGAGAAGUAUUACAAUGCUCACAUCCAGGAGGUUGGGCAGGACAGCAACACAUUGACUGUAUUUGUUGAGGAGCUGGCAGAAAAGCACACAGUUCCUUUGGCAAACUUAAAGCCAGUGUCACAAGUGGCUCCUGUCCUUGCUUGGAAUAUGGCUCACAACAGAAGAGGAGCUUAUCAGAAAGUAACAGGUGGACACUUCUCAGGAAUAGAAAUGGAUAUGAAAACACGGAAGAGGAUGCUCAAGAAGGUCCGUGGGAAGGAAGUGUUCAUGGCUGUGGCUUACAGCAGGGGACAGCCAGUGCUGCCCCCCCGGCUGCAGCACAGUGCCCCCUCAGGGCGCUUCCCUCCCAUCCACUGCUCCCAGGGAGCUGCAGCCAUGGCACCCUACAAACCCUACCACCAGCAGAACCCUCCUAGACAGCACCGUGACUCUGGCAUGCCCAGCUCGUACAGCCGCAGCCGCCGCCCGCUGCCCUGCGUGAACAAGGAGUGCCAGUACGGCUUCGUGCCAGGGGCUGCCCAGGAGCCCCAGGGCCCAGAGGAAACUGUCACUUUCUGUGAAAUCGAAGGAGAUGACACUGCUUUUCCUGCUCUGCCUGUGAGUUAUGAACAAAGGAGCCACAGUAGCCAUGCUCCCAUUGUCCAUGGUCCAGGGGCAUUUUGGGUAGCAAGGAGAGGUCCAAACUCUGUUCCAUCCAACAAGCAGACUCUGAGUACCUUAGAGGAGGAGGAAGAAGCAAGUGAAAAUGGGAAAUUUCAUGAGGAAUAUAUCUAUGUAUCUCCAGAUCCCAACUGUGAAACUGCAACAGUGUUUAGUUCAGCAGAACCCACAGCAAACUUGGUGUUGGUGAACUCUGCAACAGUUUCCACCUCCACAGAUGUUUAUACUGCUCCAGCUACAGGUCUCUCUUCAAAUUCUGCUGCCUCCACUCCAGCCAGUGUCAUAACAGCAGCUCCCCCACAAACAGCAGUGCAGCCUGUCCUAGUAUCUCCCUUUUCUGUGGGGAGGCCAGCAGUUUCUUCAGUGCCAUUCCCAAUUUACUCAGCUCCUCUUCCCCCAGUGAGUGAGGUGGGAGAAGCCAGUGCUGUUCUUCCAGCUUAUUCUUGUGAUCCCAGUGGCAGUGAUUUGCCUCGAGAUACAAAGGUCUUGCGGUAUUAUUUUAAUAUGGGAUUGCAAUUUUGCCACCAGAGCUGCUGGCCUUCCAUGAUGUACGUGCAGCCAGUGCUGCCCCCAUCUCCAGUGGAAGUUUACCCAGCCUAUGCUGAGCCAGCUCCUGUCCUGGAUCAGUCAGUGCCCCAGCUCUUCCCUGAUGCUGGGCAAGCUGAGGUCCACCAGGUUCCCUUGGAGGCAUCAGCAAAUGGAAACUUCCAAAACACAGAGCCUGCACCCCUGUCCUAUGGGCCAGUGUAUUACCCAGUGGUGUCAGACCCCUUCAGCCAGCAGCCUGUGCCUGGCUUUGACUCUGUGGUUCCUGCCUACCGCUACAUUGGCACCUGGCAUCCAGUAAAUCCUCCCCAUGGAAAUUCCCCACCUGUGGCCAAGGCUGGGAGCUCAGCAGCACCACCCCAGGUGGGCUACAUGGCCUCCCCUAACCCUGCACCUCCUGAUGCACCCCAGGGAAUGUGA